CGCUAAAAAACCAUAGUAUUGUUAUAAUAGUUUUAGUUAUCACUUUUAUUCAAAUACAACGAUAAUCAAUCCAAAAAUGUAUUUUUACAUUUUCUUUGUUGUUUAUGUAGCAAAUCAUUUUUCAAAUGGACUUAUUUUUGAGACCAAUCCUUUGGAUGAGAAUAAAGAAUUAAUUGGUUCAGCAUUACCUCAAUUGAUGAAUUAUUUUAAUGUUAAUAAAAAAGAUACAAAAGGUAUGAAAUUGGAAGAAUUUGCAAAUAUGCUGAAAGAAUUGGAUUGGGUACAAAAAAUACCUCAUGAAACAAUCGAAAUAUUAUUCAUAAGACUAACUAGAGACAUAGACGGAUUAAUGAAUUUCGAUCAAUUUAAGAAAAUAGCGACACUUUGUAUCCGUAUUUAUGAAGAAAAAUUUGAAAAUCAUUUUAAAAUUUAUUCGAACAAUGUAAAUGAGAUGACUUUAAAGAAAUUAAAAAUAGCUUUAAAUAAAAUAAUUAAACUCGAAUACACUAACACAAGUCUUAUUAAAUUAAUGAAUCAUUUUGAAGGUGAAGGCGCACAAGUUAUCAGUAUGGAAGCAUUCAGAAAUAUAUUAGGUUUUUUGUUACGGAAUAUACUCAACAUCAAAAAACUAGAAAGUAUUGAUAAUAUUCAUGUAUUGUUUAGGUGAUAUUUGUAUACUGUAUUAAUUUAUUUAUUGUCUGUAUAAAUUGAAUUAUAUAAAUCACUGUUAAAGCUGUAUUGAUAAUAAAUUGAAUUACUUUGCGAGA